GUCUCACCACAUUUUACAUGUUUCGUUGUUCGGUAUAACAUCGUUGUCGAUUCGCACCCAAAGCCUAGUUUGCAAUCUAAAUUUGCUAAAAUCAUAUCAUCUAGUAGUCAUUUGGAAGCUGGAAGUUUUUCUUCAUCCCCGCGGAGUUAUUAAUAGCCGAGACUAUAAGCUGUUGAAUGGAGAACAAUUUGGCCUACUACGGUUACGCGUGUUCAGCUCCAUGGUGUUUACGUGUUGUCGCUAUUGAUUUUCAAUCAGUAACAAUUUACGAUGAAAGCCCUAGUUUAGUGCGCCUCGCGGUAUAAUGUGCAAAUUAAAGGGGUUUUCGAAACCCUACGCAUAAGUACAAUGUGAUAAUGCUGAAUAUACUGGAAUAAGUGAAAGUGAUUCGUUGUGCUACGCGAAAUACGGCGUUGCAAAUUUCGCGAAUGUGAGGGCGUAGCAGACAAAGCAUCUACAUGUUAAACGUGAAAAGAUUAAAUCUUCCGCAAAACUGUUCCCCCACGGUUGCAAAAACUGAUAAACUACGGAACCAACCAUCGAUCGAAGCCAAAACCAUUGUGGCGGGCUGUAUGGACAAAUGGUUUGGAGAAAAACGACUGUGGUUGUUUGGUAACCAUUUGCCAUUACUACCUCGAAGUAAUCUUCCUUUCAGAUGGACCUCUGGGGACUCGAGCGCGGGAAGUGCCCUGAAAGCAUUAGCAGAAAGAUCACGUGGAAGCAGCCGAAUGGAUCGAUACGAGAAACUAAGCCGUUUGGGAGAAGGUUCCUACGGUGUUGUCUACAAGUGCCGCGACCGGGAUACCGGCUCACUGGUUGCGGUCAAACGAUUCGUCGAGUCCGAGGACGACCCAGCGAUACGGAAAAUCGCCCUACGAGAGAUACGGCUGUUGAAAAACUUGAAGCACCCCAAUCUGGUGUGCCUGUUGGAGGUUUUCCGGCGGAAACGAAGACUGCAUCUAGUGUUUGAGUUUUGCGAACAUACCGUGUUGCACGAGCUAGAAAGGCACCCAGAGGGCUGCCCAGAUAAUCUCACGAAGCAGAUUACAUUCCAGACUAUUCAGGGGGUUGCAUACUGUCACAAGCAAGGAUGCUUACAUCGUGAUAUCAAACCUGAAAACAUUCUACUUACAGCUCAGGGUCAAGUGAAGUUGUGUGAUUUCGGAUUCGCCCGAAUGCUAAGUCCUGGAGAAAACUACACUGACUAUGUGGCCACAAGAUGGUACAGGGCUCCAGAGUUGCUCGUGGGAGACACCCAGUACGGAACUCCCGUCGAUGUAUGGGCAAUUGGAUGCGUUUUUGCUGAAUUGGUCCGUGGGGACGCCCUGUGGCCCGGAAGAAGCGAUGUUGAUCAGCUCUACCUAAUACGGCGCACACUCGGUGACCUUCUACCUCGGCACCUAGCAAUAUUCAAUCAAAAUGAGUUUUUCAAGGGGAUCACACUACCAGUUCCUCCAACACUCGAACCACUGGAAACAAAGAUGCCACAACGCACUCUCUCUAAUCCUAUGAUGAUGGACUUUUUGAAGAAAUGUCUUGACAAGGAUCCAGCUAAGCGUUGGUCAUGCGAAAGGCUUGUAACACAUCCGUACUUUGAGGAUUACGUUAGCAAGCAGAAAGAAAUCGAACAAACCAUCACGCUGGAGAACCAGAAGCAGAGUAGUCGAGAUUCGAAGUCGAAGAUCUCUAACACUUCGUUACCACAAUUACCAGCCACGCAAGAAUCUCGGGUACCACAGAAGAAUCUCUACCUUCGAUCGGAUCACCACCUACCAACUAUUUAAACAUCUACGCUUUCUCAUUACUUUAAACGGUGUUAUAGGAUGUAGAACUCGUGUAUUUUGUAUACUAUGCGUAUCAUUUCGUCUAUUGUGACAUCCAUUGGUUUAACCUCUACCAGCCCCAACGAUAGGAAAUAUGUUAAGCGUUGGUUGUGCUUGCUAUCUGUCAAGAAUAUCCAACAUAACUGCUUCAUUUCCAAUUAGUUGGCAAUCUUGUAACAAUCAUGGUGGUUGAUUUGACUGAAGGAUGAUACCACAGACAAACAGACGAUUUGUGUAGUAGUGUGCGUGUCAGAAAAACGUCAAAUCGAAAUCCAUAAUGACCGACAGUGUCGCGCGCGGUUCUACCAACAGGUGGCAGUAUGCUCAUGAAAAUGACACUGGGCAAAAGUUUUUGAUGAAUUUCCUCUAAGAGUUACGCCUGUUUGUCUGUGACGAUACAAUAGAAUAUAUUAUAUAUGAAAAUGAAAACAAUUAAAGGCAGCGAUCACAAAAAUUAAAAUCAUUUCAAUAUUUCAGUUCACUUUACCGUUGGAACUAGCAUUUCAUGGAACAAAAUUAAUAGUCAAAUCAAUCAACAAAAUUGUUACAGGCCAGGUUAAACACCCCGAUGUGUGCAUGUUUCUUUAAAACUGCAAUGGAAAUAAACAUGGUUAAAACAAGCAAACGGUGUCGUGUUUCUUGUCGCGCAUGUUUUUUAGGUCCAUUUGGAAAAGAACUCUUAUUGGAUAUCUAUUCAGCUUUUACCCGACAGGGCGGUCCAAAACAGGGUAUCUCAACUAAGCGGAUUUUAAAUAUUAAAAAUAAAUAAUACUAGCUGUACCCGACAAACUUUGUCUUGCCUACUGCGUUUUUUUGACGUUUCAAGUUUGUAGGCAAGAUCCAAAUCCCCGAUCAAAAGGUAUGGUGGAUGGAUUAUCAAAAACUCUCAAUUUUUCAAUGUUUUUCGGCUCAUAAACCCUCCUUGGGUGAAAACUAACAGAGUAAAACAAAGAUGACCCAAACGACGUUUCGUUCGCGAGUUAUGCGCGGAUAUACCUGUACGCGGAUAUACCAAAAAACAUUAGAGAAUAUGAUGCCGUUUUGAAAAAUCCAACUUAUUACGUGUAUUAGGGUGUUCCAGAACGAAAUCUGUUAUAAUUCUGUUAUAAUCAACGCACCCCCUGGCCGUGGCCAAUCUGCGUUGUUUCGCUGGGCGAUACGUCUACCAGUAGACUUGUAUCUGCCCUAUGCUAAACCGAUUAGCAUAUCAAGUCCUUUCCACUGAUGAGUAGUCCCGAAUGUCCCGCCCCUCCCUAUAACCCAUAGGGGGAAAUAAGGAGUUUCCAGUUUCAAGUAUUGUAUUGAUUAUGACACCAACUCUUUCUAUUCCUUGGGAAAAAAUCACUAGACUUGGAUUAUCAGACUACUAUUAAUAAUGAACAUAAUUAAGAUACAAGUUUACAUACACAAUUGUAAAAGCAGUGUCAGAUACUUUAAAGUGAAUUGAAAAAUGUGAAUAAGAUAAAUUGUAAACUAUUUCGCGGCGACACGAAUGCUUCAAUAGUGUCAUAAAUAAAGGCGCAAACAAACAAAUAA